AUGGAAACUAAAGUACAUUUAUUUUGCCAGGCUGAGGAAAAUACUGAUUUAUCAGAUGAUGGCUAUAAUUCUUUUGCAAGUGACUUGCCAUCAAGAAAUAUUGACAGCAAGAAAUACAUCAAGUUUUCUAAAACAACAGAGAAGAGCAUUUCACCUGAAGUUAGGGGUUUGAGUCCAGAACACACAAAAAAGGAUGAAUCAUCAAUGUUCCUAUUUGGAGAAGAAAAAUCCUCUGAUUUUUCGGGAGGAAAAAAAGUCAGGAGAAAGAAGAGUUUACAAGUACAAUUGCAUACUAAAAGGAAUGAGGUAAAUAAAGAUCUGGGGAUAUUUUUGCUUACAAGUGUUGAGAAGAUGACUAGAAAAGAAAGCUCUUUCUGCAAGUUGCCAAGUCAGUACAACGUUCACAAGACAUUAUCACCCCUUGGUACAUCUUCCUCAGUUAUUCGGAAAGAUGAAAGGCUUUCUAACCUUUAUGAGACGUUAUAUGAUGAAACACCUGAAGGACACUUUUACUCACAAGAAUUAAGUGGUAACCAGAUGGUGGAUAUUGGGGAUCUUAUAUUUACUUUGAAUGAAUUACAGCAACAGUAUGAGGAUGUUUCAAUUAUGGAAGGAACAACCUUGGAUGAAGCUACUUCAAGAAAGUUAUCAAAUGUAUCAGGAUACUAUCCACAAUAUAGGAAGAAAAGCAUUUUAUCUUCCAGGCUACCUGAAUCAUCAUUAUCUCAAAAGUUAAAUACAAAGAGCCUCCAACGUCAUAAAAUUAUGAAGGAGAGUGAUGACCUUGAAUUUAAAAGAUCAAAAAAUAUUUUGCAGUUAGGAAAAUUCCAGGAUGAUGUUGAUAGCAGUAAUGUAGAAUUCCAGGAACCAUAUUCAAAGGAUGGCAUAAACUUUAAGAGAAGUUCAGAGAAGGUUGAAAUUCAUGACUCAGAGUCUAAACCACAAAACUUGAAGAGUGUUACAAGCCUGAAAAAGUCCCUGGAUAAAAGUGAUAUUUUAAGUAUCCCAAAACUUCAGAAGCCAGCUGCGAGAAGGCAUUCCAGCCUUCUAAAACAUAUUCCAUUUAAGGAAACACAGCAAUUAAUUCUCUGGGUCAGAAAUGUCUCUGAAGCUAUCAGUAAACUCUGAGAAAAUUACAUUGAUGCAGAACUUCAGUCCAUUUUGCCUUCAGUAGGAAUUAAUUUAUCAGAUAAAGAGUUCAAGAAGAUUGUGACAGACACUGCUAGAAAUGAAAAUGGAAUGGUGAAGUUAGAUGACUUCAUGAGUGCUCUCUCCAAAGAGCAUUAUCUUCCUGGCUAUGAUGCAUUGACUGAUGUCAUCAAAGCUAUUGAUAAAAUUAAAGACGAAAAUAUUGAUUAUGGGAAUCUGAAUACUUGUCUUCAAAAUUUUGGAGUUUACCUUUCUAAGCCAGAAUUUCAGAAGAUCACAGAGUUGACUGAAGCUGGUGAAACAAAAAGAGUGAAUUUUAAAGAAUUCGUUGAUACUAUGAUGAGCAACGUGGAACACUUCUCUGAAAAAUUAUUACUGCCUGAUACUAUUGAAAACCUCCAGAAUCUUAGCAAAGAGAAGAUGAGUGCUCCUGACCUAUGGAAUACUCUGUCUAGUUUGAAUGGUAAUUUAAAAAAAGACGAAUUCCAAGCUGCACUGAAAUUAGCAAUAGCUGAUGAAGGGGACAAAGUACACAUUGAAGAAUUUGCAAAAGUGGUAAAGGAUAUGCAUGAUGCCUCCAGGUUAGAGGAGUUACGGAAGAUUGUCUUAGCUGUUGAUUUGCCUGAAGGUGACGUGAUACCUAGGAAGGACUUGGAAGGCUUUCUAAGAGAUAUCGGGAUUAACUCACCUAGAGAAGAGGUAGAGAAAAUCCUUCAAUCAGAUUUUGUUUCUGAAGACAAUUUGGUGAAUGUUAAAGACUGUAUGAAGGCUUUGAGAGACACGCAGAAAUUUUCCAAUUUUAUUCAUAAGAUCUUUAUGAUAAAACUGUUAAAAAGCAACAACUCAGGACUAAUUCAGAGGUCAUCAAAUGAAACACUAUAUUGGGUGCUUAAUCUUCUUUGUAGUAUCUGUGACAAAUCAUUGAAUGAGACCAUCAGUACCUUGGACUGCAUGAAAGAAAGUAAUCACUCUGAUAAGAACAAAUAUUCAAACACUGAUAACAUUUAUUUCACUGAUGAUAAUAUUCAAGAAAUACUGGAUGAUUCAUUUGUUGAAGAUUUAUUUAAAGAGAUUACAACUCUUGAAAAGAUCAGAAAAGAUAAGAUGCCUAUAAAUGAACUGAGCUCCCAACUCUUGAGUGCUGGAAUUCCAUUAAGCAACAAGACAUUCCAGGAGAUUCUGAGUGAAGCAUCUGUUGAUGAAACUGGUGAAGUAAGUCUCAAACAAAUUUUGGAAACUUUGAACACAAGUAAGCCAGCUUCUGAGUUUAAAGAUAUACACACUGCCCUCAAUACUGUCAGCCUGAUGAACUGCAACAGAAUUCAAGCUAAUGACUUGAAAGAUGCUUUUGAUGAGCUCAGUGUUUCUGUAAAGCCUGAAGAACAUCAGAUGUUAGAGAAAACACUUGAUGCUGACAAAAAGGGACAUGUUUCCCUGAAGACUGCCCUUUUAGCAUUGAAAAGCAAUAAGUGUUUUAAAGAUUUUAGAGAAGUUAAUAAACUUGCAAAGGCCUUAGACAAAGUCACCAAUGAAAAAAUUUAUAUUGAUGAUGUACAACCUAUACUGAAAGGCCUGGGGAUUUAUUUUCCAGAAGAAGAAUUAAAAGAGGUGCUUUCAUCAGUUUCUGUUGAUAACGAGGGAAAAGUGGACUUAAAAGGUUGCCUGACUAGGUUGUCGCAAACGCCAUAUUGUACAAAAGCUUCAAAAAUAGAAGGACCCUUGAAAGCUCUGGCCUCCAUUAGGAAAAACGUGGCCAAUCCAGAUGACCUUCGCUCCAUGAUGAAAAAUAUAGGAUUUCCAUUACCCCAAGAUGUGAUUCAAAGUGCACUGAACAAUGUUGCUAUCAUGGAGGAUGGGACAGUGAAUUUAGAAGAGUUUAUGGGCAAUUUGGUCAAUUCAGGAUUUUCACCUCCACGUGAAAGAGAGAAAAUUGAUGUCAGUAAUGUGGAUGCUAUUCUGAAAAACAUGGAUAUGAAACCUACAGAAGAAGAACAACAGAAUCUACUAGAACACGUUUCAGCUACUUCUGUUGAAGAUGUGAAAACAUUGAUAGGGGCUGUAACGAUGCUUAAAGGUGAGCAAAAAGAUACCAUGCAAAGAUUGAUAAAAACACUAAUAGGAAUGGUGCAUCAUAGUGAAAUCUUGGCUGGUUUGAAACCUUUCAGAGGAGAGAUGGUAAAUAUCAGAGAUCUGGACAACAUACUAGGAAACAUGGGCAUUGAACUCACUAAAGAAGAACUUGGAGAGCUGAGAAGAAACGUUCCAGCUCAAGGGAAGACUGAUCUGAAAACGUUGAUGGAUACAGUAGAAGUUAUUACAGGUUAG